AUGUCGAUAUAUAUUGAUUUAAGAUUUGUUUUUAAAUGUGGUCUUUUUGUCAGACACCCUCGAGAAAUGUUAUCACCGCCACGAUGGCCUAUUGAUUCAAAAUGGAUUCAUCUCGUGAUGGCCCCGCCCACUCGUCGUUUCUCCAGCGAAGGCGAUGCGGAUGGUCGUGGCGUCGCUCCUCCUGGCGUCGGCGUUUGGGCCGCCAUCGGCGGGUGGCGGCGGCGUAAGCGGCCGGCGCGCCGGUCCUCUCGCCGGUCUCGCUCCGCGGUGAAAAUGUCUCUGUCCCGCUUUCAGGCUCGGCGGCGAGACGAGGGGAGAAGACGUCGGCAGACGAUUUUGUCGUCGUCGCGGAGCUCAGGAAUCUGUCAGAACGGAGGAACGUCCGUCCCCGCCCUGACGACGGGCCGACACAUGUUCUGCUUGUGCGGCGACGCGUUUGAGGGCGCCUUCUGCCAAACGGCGAAAGGCGGCGGCGACUGCUACGAGGGCGUCGGGAUUUACUACCGAGGCUUCCGGUCCGAGUCGGAGAGCGGCCGCCCGUGCCGUCGCUGGGACGACGAGACCGCGCGACGCUACCUGACCCUCGACGUCGACGCCGGCGCGCACAACUACUGCAGGAACGUGCGCUUCAAGCGUCGCCCGUGGUGCCACGUGUGGAAAAACCAGCAGCCGCUUUGGGAAUAUUGCGACAUUCCCCGAUGCGGAACGCCCCAAACAUUCGUGUCGGCGCCGCCCACCGAGACCCCACGCACCGCCCGAACGGGUAAGCACCCGCCCCCUCGUCAGCGUGCGUGUCUUUUGACGUUUGCCAUGCCAGAACGUUCCGGAAUAUGCGCGCUAACAUUGGGCCGAAAUCCCGUUCGUGUUCUUGUAGCACCACCUGUCACGUUGGCACCGACCACCCGACCCCCAGAGACCACCCGACCACGUAAGCUCCGCCCCCUCGUCUGCGUGUGUGUGUGUGUUUGCAUGCGCACAUCUGUGUGUUUCCCUGCGUGUGGGCGCGCGCGUGUCCGUCCCCGGCCAGUGUGGGAGACGUGCGGGCGGCGUUCUCGCAGGAAGCAGAUGCGUAUCGUCGGCGGUACGGUUUCGGCGGUGGAGUCGCACCCGUGGGUGGCGGCCAUCUUCUGGCGGGCUAGGUCCAAAGAGAAGGUCUUCCGCUGCGGGGGGAGUUUGAUCGCCAGCUGCUGGGUCCUGACCGCCGCUCACUGCUUCCCCGACGGAUCCGACGCCAAAGAGCGGCGCUUCCUGGUGGCGCUGGGCAAGAGCGCCCUCAACCAGAGCGACGCCCUCGAGCAAACGUUCCGCGUGGCCAAAAUCGUCGUGCGCCCCGACUUCGACAACCGAGACGGAAACUACGACAACGACGUCGGGCGACUCGGGCGGUCCCCUGGUGUGCCCGGCGGACGGGCGUUUGGUGUUGGUGGGCGUGAUCAGCUGGGGCGAAGGCUGCGCCCGCGAGAGGCGACCCGGCGUCUACGCCAAAGUCAUCAACUACCGACGGUGGAUCCGGCAGCACGCCCGCGUGUGACCGCCGACGGCUCCCGACGGCGGAUCCGAGGGCGCGCUCGCGUUGGGCACCGUGGCAACCGCUCAACACAUUUCCCCAAAAGUUGCCUUUUUCAACCAAAUUCAUUCAUUACAUCAGUUUCUUUCUUACGACGCCCCGAAGGCGGGAAGGUGGAAAAUGAAAACUAAUGACAUCACAAUUCCAUACACUGUCGCUCAACCAAUGCGUAGCAUUUUUCAAGGAAAUGUAUUAUUUACAUAUUUAAGGACAUGUAAAUUUAAAGGAAAAAAACAGCCUUGUAUUCCUGGUAAGAAAGUAAACAGUUAUUAACAUUAGUUAGCGUGAUAUCAUUUUUUAAUAAAAAAAACUCAAAUUCAAAUUUAUAAUGAAUAAAUCAUGUGAGAAAUUUUCAAUGACAUUUUGUUUUUACCUUUGUUUAACUUUAAUAACAUUGAAAAUAAAGUGAUAUAAAAUUCAACUUUUUUAGUUAUGAAACUUUUUUUACUUUUAAAUGUUUUAAAAAUGUUUGACAUUUUGUAGUUUGUAGUAUUAGUGUGAUGUCAUUUUUUUCAAUUAAAAAUACAAUUUACAAUUGAAAUUUAGAAAUCAUGUGACACAUUUUUUUACCUUUUAAGAAUUGAAAAGAGUCAUCGUUUGUAAUGUUUCACUUUUGGUCUUUAAAUAGUGUGAUACAUUGUAACAUUCAACUUGACAUGGAAAAAUAGUGCGCCAUCUUUCCACUUUUGAGCUUUUUUUUCUCAUAACAUUUCCAUGCAAGCAGUGUUGAAUUUUUCGGUGAAUGUAAACUUGUUUGCUAUUGUUCAUAAUAAAUGAUUAAUCGUGAAAGAUCA